ACUGCACUGGGGCUACAUGCGCUAGAUACCCGCGGCGCUAGCCUUCGCUGGUGGGUGGGGAGACCGAGGCUACGGAGCUUCUCUCACCGAUGACACGCUGCCCUGCUCGCGAGCCGCUGGACAAAACCUCGCGCGUGUGCAGGGCUCACCUGAAGAGCUUGAACCUGAGGCUCCCGUGGGCUGUGCAGUGCUUCGACCGCGGGAGGAAGCCAGUGCCUGGCUCGGCGUUUAUGCUCGCACCCCGGAGCCCGCCCAGACCCAAAGUAGGAGAGUUGUGGGACCGGUGUCUUUGGCAAAAGACAUGAAUGGAGAACACAGAGGCAGAGGAUUUGGACGGGGAAGAUUUCAAAGCUGGAAAAGAGGAAGAGGUGGUGGGAAUUUCUCAGGACGAUGGAGAGAAAGAGAACAUAGAAAUGACUUGAGUAAAGCCAUAGGAAAACAGACUUCUGAAAAAGCCCCACGAUCUUCACUACUACAAUCAACGUUAGAUGAAUUCAUACCAUAUAAAGGCUGGAAACUUUAUUUCUCUGAAGUUUACAGCAGUAGCUCUCCUUUUAUUGAGAAGAUUCAAGCUUUUGAAAAUUUUUUCACAAGGCGUAUUGAUUUAUAUGAUAAGGAUGAAAUAGAAAGAAAGGGAAGUAUUUUGGUGGAUUUUAAAGAACUGACAGAAGAUGAUGAAAUAGCUAAAUUGAUGCCAAAUAUAGCAAGUGAACUAAGGGAUACACCUGAGAAAACCUUGGCUUGCAUGGGUCUGGCAAUACAUCAGGUUUUAACAAAGGACCUUGAAAGGCAUGCAGCUGAAUUACAAGCCCAGGAAGGAUUGUCAAGAAAUGGGGAAACAAUAGUAAAUGUUCCACAGAUUCAUGCAAGGGUAUACAACUAUGAGCCUUUGACACAUCUCAAGAGUGUCCGAGCAAAUUGCUAUGGAAAAUACAUUGCUCUACGAGGGACAGUUGUUCGUGUCAGUAAUAUAAAGCCUCUUUGCACCAAAAUGGCAUUUGUUUGUGCUGCAUGUGGAGACGUUCAGAGUUUUUCUCUUCCAGAUGGAAAAUAUAAUCUUCCCACAAAGUGUCCUGUGCCUGCAUGUCGAGGGAAGUCAUUUAGUGCUGUCCGAGGUUCUCCUCUCACAGUUACAGUGGACUGGCAGUCAAUCAAAAUCCAGGAGCUGAUGUCUGAUGAUCAACGAGAAGCAGGUCGGAUACCACGAACAAUAGAAUGUGAGCUUUUUCAUGAUCUAGUGGAUAGCUGUGUCCCUGGUGACAACGUGACUAUUACUGGAGUUGUCAAAGUGUCAAAUGCAGAAGAAGGUUCUCGAAAUAAGAAUGACAAAUGCAUGUUCCUUUUGUACAUUGAAGCAAAUUCUGUUAGCAAUAGCAAAGGACAGAAAACAAAGACUUCUGAGGAUGGAAGUAAGCAUGGGUCACUGAUGGAGUUCUCGCUUAAAGACCUUUAUGCCAUCCAAGAGAUUCAAGCGGAAGAAAACUUGUUUAAACUCAUUGUCAACUCCCUUUGCCCUGUCAUUUUUGGUCAUGAACUUGUCAAGGCAGGUUUGGCAUUAGCACUCUUUGGAGGAAGCCAGAAAUAUGCAGAUGAUAAAAACCGAAUUCCUAUUCGAGGAGACCCACACAUCCUUGUUGUGGGAGACCCAGGCUUGGGAAAGAGUCAGAUGCUACAGGCUGUGUGCAAUGUUGCGCCACGUGGUGUGUAUGUUUGUGGUAAUACCACAACAACCUCUGGUUUGACUGUAACUCUUUCAAAAGAUAGUUCUUAUGGAGAUUUUGCUUUGGAAGCUGGUGCUCUGGUACUUGGUGACCAAGGUAUUUGUGGAAUAGAUGAAUUUGACAAGAUGGGGAAUCAACAUCAAGCUUUGUUAGAAGCUAUGGAGCAGCAAAGUAUUAGUCUUGCUAAGGCUGGUGUGGUAUGUAGCCUUCCUGCAAGAACGUCUAUUAUUGCUGCUGCAAAUCCAAUUGGAGGACAUUACAAUAAAGCCAAAACAGUUUCUGAGAAUUUAAAAAUGGGGAGUGCUCUGCUAUCCAGAUUUGAUUUGGUCUUUAUCCUGUUAGACACCCCAAAUGAGGAUCACGACCACUUGCUCUCUGAACACGUGAUUGCAAUAAGAGCUGGGAAGCAGAGAACUGUUAGCAGUGCCACUGUAACGCGUGUGAACAGUCAGGAUUCAAAUAUUUCUGUACUUGAAGUGGUUCCUGAUAAACCAUUAUCAGAAAGACUAAAGAACCACUAUAGUGAGUUCAUUACGGACAUUCACUACUAUAAGCCUACUGCUUAG